AUGUUUAGGAUUAUCUCCAAAUCUGACGUGUCUCGUGCGCUAGUUAUCGCUAGUAACUUUAUACGAGCUUUUGUGGUAGCCUCGAAAAGGAGCAAUAUCUCGUUGCUUAUAAUGAUAAGCGUCAUACCUACUAUGUUCAAGAAUCAAGACACGUGCCCUAAAUGUAUGAUUCGCGGUGUUACGUGGUAUUACGUGUUAUCUUGCCGUUAUGCAAGUCGCGCGGAACAAGUCGGCAACUACGGCAGCGAGCGCCGUGAGAAGCGGCGCACGCGCAGCUCUAUAAUACGCCGAUCUAACACAGCCGCUAACUGCUAA